UCAAUUGUCAUUCUCAUUCAUGACGUCAUUUCAUUUCUCAAUUUUGCUGAUUUUGCCUUUUGCGGCAGAAUAUUUUUGUUUAUUUCUAAAUAAUUAAAUGUAGCAUGUGUAUGGGAAACCUAAAUAAAUUUUGAAUAACAGACGUCAGCCUCAGAUUAAAAAUAUUUUUAUAUCUUAAAAAAUAAUUAUGAAUAAAUUACCAAGGGCAAUCAAUUCAUAGAUAAUUAAUUUCAGAGAUCAAAAAGUUCGGACUUACAAGCUUUCUUACCACAACUCAUUAUGGAACAACCUGUAGAUGUUGUGCAAUUCAUUUCUUCAUUGCUGGACAGUGGCAAAUAUAAAGAAGCUCUCAGUGUGCCUAUUGAAGAGAAAUAUGCUCAUAGUUUUAAAGAGAACUGCUGGGACUUGAUCUCAGUUAUAGUAGGCAAGAUACAAAAUGAUACAAUGAUCAUUAAGCCCUCACUAUAUAGUGCUUGUGAAGAGAUGCUAGCCAUUGUUGUGCAGAAGGCCACUCCUGAGGAAGCUCUCUUAGAAUUUAUUGAACAGAUAGAAGUAGCUAAAAAUGAUGCACAAUUUGCCAUCAUCAUGGAACCAUUGCAACAGCUUCUACUAAAGUUGUCUGCCAAAAGAGGCAGAUCUCUAGAAUGGUGUUUAAACUCAAUCGCUUCAUACAUUGAUGCUAUACCUAUUCCUGAACAUAAGUUAGAAGGGCAGGAACGUCUCUUGAUGGACUCUGACACAAAUAUUAGAAGAAUAAUUAAGAUUUAUUCUUUGUUACCACCUUUUUACACACCAUUUGUUAAAGAAAUGACAACACCUGAUGCAAAUGUGAGAACAAAAGAAAUAAUAACUGCAUUUUUAAUAAGCUUACUUGGAAAACCUUUGAUCUAUGUAGACUUGGAUCCCAUUGCAAACUCAACUAGUGAAGCUAGGCUAAGUUGUGUCAGCAUUAUUAAUGAUAUAAGCACAUUGUUGAAAAAUGUAAUUAAACUUUUACCUUAUGUAGAGUUCCAUCAUAAGCAAAGCAGCAAAACUAAGUCAAAUAAGAAUCUCACAAAUGAUGAAGAGUUACCUCCAUAUGAAGACGAAGAUAAAAUCAAUCUCACUACACUGUCUGGGUUAUACUAUUCAUUCUUUUCUAAUCAUUUUCAAGUGCCAGAUUUAGUAAUUCCUCUUGUAUACUCUAAUGAAUAUGUUGUACAUACAAUUCUGCUUUGUGUAGUACACUUGCUCAGCUUUGAUCUAUUUGGCCCUUUAACAAAGGGCAUAACAUUAUGUAAAGAAAUAUUGAAAAAGUAUCCCAGCAAUGUUUCAUACAAAAUGCUUACUGUACCAGUCCAUUACAGUUUAUGCAAAAGCUUAAUUCAUGUUGCUAUUUAUAGUAGUUAUGAGUUUGUUCGCAAAGAAUCUGUUAAAAUCAUAAGUGAUCAUGUAAACAAGUUUGAAUAUAAGGGUAGAUUAUUACUAAUUAAAUACAUGUUAAGUGUUGCCAAUCACUCUGGUAUGAUAGGAUAUGCUAUCACAUUAUAUAAAAAUUCUUUAGAUGAAGCUUUUAAGGAACCAGAAUUGCCAGUUUGUUUUACUGGUAUGGAACUUAAGGAUAUGGUUAAUAAAAUAUGUCAUUUGCCACACGGUCCAGAAUCUGAUCUUGUAGAGCUUGCUGAUCAAAUAAUAAGUGCAUUAAAUUUCUUACGCUAUCUGGCAUUGAAAGACAUUACCAAUAGAAGUGGAAUCAGAGAUUGCUUUUCUUCAAUUGAAUCAGAUUAUUUGGAGAAGUUAAGAACUGGCUUAAACAUGUCUAAAGCUCAUUAUGAAGUAAAAUUAAAGGAUAUUGAAGAAGCACAGAGAACAAAUAAAAUUAAUAAAGAAGUUGAUGUUGCAAUCAGUGUUGGUGGUAAUAUGUUAGACAAGAUUCCUACAGAGAACAAAAAGGAAAUAUUACAUUCAGCAUUAAACGCUUUUCAUUUGAUAGAGUGUCUGGUUGCAAGAUUAUCUGAAUGUAUUUCAUCAAAUAAGAGCCAAGAAAUGUGAUCACUUACAUUUUAUUAAUAAAUGCUUAAUCAAAC